UCAUUUACCGUAUCGCAUGUACAAAGACCGCGUGAGAGUGUGUAUUUUAUCACUUUAUUUAGUGUUUCUGACAAAAAAAGCCGGACGAUCAGAGUUGAAUCGCACUCAAACUGUGUUCAUUCGAUAGAAAAUUGUGAAAUUCGUUUUUUUUCAACCGUUGACAAAUUGUUUUAAUCAUUUCUUUCUUUCAAAAUGAGCCAAAUUUUACGUAGCCUCGCACGUUCCGGUGCAUUCAAAUCAAUUGUAUCGCCAAUCCAACAAUCCAGCGGAUUGCGGGCAGUCGGAGCUCGGUCUCUAUGGCACAUGUCGAAACCGUCGGUUGUAUCCACCAAACACAGAUGUACGGGAUUUGCUGGCUGCCAGUGCGGUUGUGGCAAACGUUUCACAUCAACCAACGGCGAAAAGGCUUUGAUUGAAUUCCUGCAAGAGGAAAUCGAAACAGAAAAGAGCUCAUUGGCUGGACAUUUGCCAUCACAAUUGGACGGAUUUCAAAUCAAAUUCGAUGCCGCCGAAGUUGAACUCACCAAAACGGGAGCAAACGAAACGGUCAUUGUCAAAUUCAACGUGAACCACACAGUCGAUGAAAGUGAUGAAGACUGGGAAGUCGACAAUCAACAGCAAGCUCAACAAGAACCACCAAAGCUUCACAGCAAACCAAACUUUGAAGUUGACAUCGUUAAGAAGGACACGACCUUGUCCUUGAGCUGCACAUUCUUGACCGAAAAAGCACAAGAAGGUGAAUACGAUGAUGUGUACGGUAUCGAAGAAUUAACCAUUUUCAAGGGUAAACAUAGUGAAAAGGUGUACGCUUGUGCUGGCGAUAUGCUCGACGGAUACUUCUACGAUUUGCUGAUGAAUUUGUUGUCGGAAAAAGGUGUCACCGAUGAAUUUGUGCGCAAAAUGCAAGAAUUGGCCACACAAUACGAGCAAUCACUAUUCGUCGAUUUGUUGCAAGAGACCAAGCAAUUCUUUGAAUCGAAGUAAACAGCUUCACCAUUAAAUGGUGGAAUUUAAACAGAAUAAAAAGUGCGAUACCAUUCAUUUUUAAGUUGUUGCAAAACAGAGCAUGCAAAAUUCAUUGCAUUCAUUUCUGUAGCAUUUAAAAUUUAGUAAUAAAUUCGGUGUAAAAACAAUUAAUUGGAAAAAAAAACCCAUAUUCGUAUUUCAUUUAAACAUGAAGGAGAAAAGAAAGAAUGUAAACAAUUUAUUUGAUUUUGCUAAUACAACUAAGGUUUAAAUGUACAACGUGGAAAUGGAAUUUGAUCAGCUUUUCGAUGUGGA